CCAUCUCUUUCUCCAGACAAACAAGUUCAGGCUUCUUUUCUCCUUUUGCUCUUUUGGGGAAUUGAAAUCUUAACAUUUAUCAAUUUUUGUUGCUCCGAUUUUCGAGAAGAGAAACCAAAAAAAAGAAGGCAUUAAAUAAAACGGGUUCAGUAGCCUUCCAACUAUUUAAGGAACCCUUUUCGGUUUUUAGACAUUACCGCAUUUGUUAGUCGCAUCCCAUGUCGAUGAGCGUGGACCGCCAAGAACAAGACCAAUACCAAUACCAAUACCGUUUUUAGGUACCGCACACAAGCACAGCCAAAAAGCCCGGAAGACCGAGAAGAGACAAAGCAAAAUACCUAAGUAAAAACGGUCAAAGCGAAAAAUAUUACCCGGCGGAUUAAACUUUUUACCGCUUACAACUUUGACGAUCACGUGCAUACAUAUUUUGUUAUCACGUGAAAGAGAUCGCCCCCCGGUACCCCCUUUACUGGUUUUAGAAUUCUAGGACCGAGAGCAUAGCCAUGUCGGCAGCACCCGAGAGCAAUCCGAUCCAAUCGGGCGGCGAGAGCUCAACCUCUAACGGCACUACCCCAGCGCCUUCAACAGCUACCACCGCAACUUCGCAGUCUAGUGCCCCGCCGGCUGAUGACUCCCUACAGUGCCGUUGGACUGGAUGCAGCGAAAAGUUCGCGUCGGCCGAAACUCUCUAUGAACACAUUUGCGAGAAGCAUGUUGGGCGUAAGUCUACUAACAACCUCAACUUGACUUGCCAAUGGAAUCAGUGUAAGACAACUACUGUCAAGAGGGAUCACAUCACAUCGCAUAUCAGAGUUCAUGUCCCCUUGAAGCCGCAUAAGUGUGACUUUUGUGGAAAGUCAUUCAAGCGUCCUCAAGAUUUGAAGAAGCAUGUCAAGACACAUGCGGAUGACUCUGUUCUUGUCCGCUCGCCGGACCAGCACGGCCCCAUGAACAGUGGCUACCGAGCUCAAGGAAAAGCUCCGUCCAGCUAUUAUGAUCACAAUGGUCAGAUCCGUACUAACUCGGCCGCCUUUGGUCAGCCGCCUCAUCCCGCCGGCCACCCAAGUAGUUACUAUCAGCACCACCCUCAAACUUCCUUUGGAGGUCCCAUGUACUAUCAACCUAUGGGUGGUCGCGGUGAUCACAUGGGCUAUCAGGCUUCUGCCGAAUAUGACAACCGCAAGCGCACCUACGAUGUACUAAAUGAGUUUUUCGGAGACGCCAAGCGUAGACAGCUUGACCCGAACUCGUACGCCCAGGUUGGACAGAGACUCCUGCCAUUGCACGGAGUUCUUCCUAUUCACUCAGGCUCCCUCGGGGCAGAGUAUCUCCCGAGUCCGGGUGUCAUGACGGUCGAUGGACCCGCUGGCCAUGGUCCGUACCAACAGCAUUAUUCAUUACCCCCUAUGCCGAACGUCCGCACUAAGAGCGACCUUAUCCAGAUCGACCAGCUCCUCGAGCAGAUGCAGAGCACGGUCUAUGAAAGCUCUAAUACGGCCGCCGCCGCAGGAGUCCACCAACCCGGCUCCCACUACCUCCCUCUAAACUUCCGUCACAGCCAGUCUCCACCGCACUCGACAGCGCCACCUCAGUCCGCUAUGGCCAAUAACGCAUACUCGGCCGCUCAUGUGGCUUCACCCUUAACUGCCGUCUCUUCGACCCACUCGAACGGCACUCCGGCUGUGACGCCCCCGUCAAGCUCAAUGUCCUAUACUUCCGGACACUCGCCCAGCGCCUCUUCGUCCGGUCUAUCGCCGUUGACGCGCCAUAGCUCGACCACGUCGGCUCUGUACCCGACCCUACCCGCCGUCACGUCGGGCUACCCCGGCCAAUCAACGACGUCGACUCUCGGACCUACAUUCGACCCCGACCCUCGCCGUCGCUACUCGGGCGGCGUGCUGCAGCGCGCCAACGCCGCGCAACUCGACCGCGAAGCAGCAGUAUCGUCAUCUUCAGCCCACACCCCGCGCGGGUCCGAGUCCACCGCCAUCUCGGCCGUCAGCUCGCCGUCCGCGGAGUCGGAGGCCAGCGCCGAAGCCCGCGAGGACCAAGCAUACGAAGCCUGGCUCGAGAACGUCCGCGUCAUCGAAUACCUGCGCGAGUACGUCAUCGACCGCAUCAAGCGCAAGGACUACGACGCCGAGUCCCCUGUCUCGGCAACGCCGUCGGCAGGCAGCAGCAGUGGUGGUGGUGCAACGAGUGAUAUGGAAGUCGAUUCCCCGACUAGACCGCCUAGUCAGCCGGCGUAUCCGGCGCUGCCGCUGCAGUAAGUCGGGGUGCGACAAGGGGUAAUGGAAGGAUGAAAUGAAAUGAACGAAAAGGGGGAAACAAGAAAGGAAGCGAGAGAAGCGAAAGAAGCGAAAGAAAUGUGACAAAGUGCAAGGAGGAUGUAUAUAACUAAGGCUGGGCUAUACGGCGUUUGACGAGGUGUAUGAAGUUACCCAACCUACCUACCUACCUAGGUACCUUAGCUACCUAUGUUGAUUUGAUGUCGACUGAAAUAUGCGGCACUAUUGUUACGUUUUUUGUUAUUUUUAUUUUAUUGUAUUCUCUUCACUCUGCUCUGCUCUGCUCUUUGCUCUUGCUUUGUCUUCUUCUUUUCAUGUGUGUAUUUCUUCCUAAAAAAAAGGGGGGGGAGGAAGGUGAAAAGGGGGAAGGGAAAAGGGAAUACAUGCAUUCAUUCGCUACCCGCGCUGAUAGUUGACCAAGGCAGGCAGGCAGGUAGUUUAGAUAGGAACAUGGCUAUCUAUGUCCUGCAUUAUUACGACAAAAGGGACGAUGAGUAGUAGUUAGUUAGUCCUAUGGAUAUAUAGAUACCUAUAAAUGUUGAGUGGACAGUUUUAACCAACAUACAUAUUGGCUGCUAAGGUUGUUUCUUGUUAUGUCCUUGAUAUUGUUGAUAUUGUCGGUAACUUAGU